GGAGAUUUCUAAGUAGGUGGAGUGCUUGCAUCAUUUUUCCUUCUAUUGCUUUUACAUCAAUUUUCUUGGAUUGGAACCACACCAGAAAGUGGAAGCUAUCUCUGAAAGAAGCUAAGGACAAGGAUACACUCAACAACUAAUAAUGGGCAGAGCACUGUUUGGUAUAACUAAAGACUUUGUCUGGCUGGGCAUCCCACUGGCUGGUCUUCUAUUGGGCAAGUAUAUAGAUGACCUGGAGACUCUGAGAAUGACGAGGUUCAGAGACAAGAGUUCUCUCUUCGGACGACAGUUGGCUCCUGGGGAAGCUCCUUCUUGGCCAUGAAGUGUCUGAGUUUUAUUAGUACUGUUAUAUUUAUGGUUUAUAUGUAUAAAUAAAAGUUAAAUCUGCAAUCAA